AUGAAGAAGAGAGUACUUGUUGGGUACGGUGUCGACAUUGAUGCCAUUGCAGGAUGGCUGGGCUCCUACAAAGGUGAAGAUUCCACCAGUGAUAUCAGUCGUGGCUACUUCGCUGGUACGAUUGGCGUGGAAAGACUAUUGAAGAUGUUCGACAAGUACGAUAUGAAAGCGACGUGGUUCAUCCCAGGACAUUCUCUCGAAACCUUUCCUGAACAGUGUGCAAUGAUCCGGGACAAGGGUCAUGAGAUUGGUCUUCAUGGGUAUAGCCACGAAAACCCGGUGGAUAUGAGUCUCGAGCAACAAAGGGAAAUUCUAGAUUAUACUUACAAGAUGAUAACCAAAUUCUGCAACGGCAAACCACCAAGAGGAACUGUCGCUCCCUGGUGGGAGGUGUCCAAAGAAGCUACGGAGCUUUACCUCUCGUACGGCAUCGAGUACGAUCAUAGCAUGUCUCACCACGACUGCCAAGCAUACUACCUUCGGACAGGCGACGAGUGGACCAAGAUUGACUAUUCACAGCCCGCUAAGACCUGGAUGCACCCUCUCAAAGCAGGAAGUCAGACAGGCAUGGUCGAAAUUCCUGCUAACUGGUACCUCGACGAUCUCCCUCCCAUGAUGUUCAUGAAAAAGGUUCCAAAUUCCCACGGUUGGGUUGAUACUCGAUCUGUCGAGGCAUUGUGGAGAGAUCACUUCGACUAUUUCUACCGAGAAUAUGAUGAGUUCAUCUUUCCGAUGACAAUCCAUCCAGAUGUAUCAGGCCAUCCUCACGUGCUACUAAUGCAUGAGAGGUUGAUAGAAUACAUUAAUCAGCAUGAGGGUGUUGAGUGGGUCACAAUGGUUGAGAUGGUAGAUGAGUUCAAGAAGCGGGAAAAGCCUGCUGAUGGCGCCAUGCUGCCAGCUACGCCAGAAGAUGUUGCGAAGAAAUUAGGAGUGGCCUAG